AUGAAGUUCUCAACUAUGGCUACUAUGUUUAUUGGCUUUGCAGCUUUGGUCGUUGCAGAUGAUGAAAUUGUCUACUUUCUUUCUCCUACUAUGGACUCUGAAUUUACAACGGUAGAUGAAAUUACUUUCACUGCAAACGAUAUCACAAACGAUGCAGAUGAAAGAAUUAUUGCUAAAUUAUAUAAUGCUGGUGAUAAUACAGAGAUUAAACAGAUUGGCUCCUAUACAGGCGAAUCUAUCGUACGCCCUGACGAUCAUAAUUAUUGGAGCUUUAAUUGGGUUGUUGAUGUACCUCCAGGGACUUAUUAUGUUCGUCUUUUUGAACAAGAUGCUGAUGGAGAUAUUGAUGAUGACGAUGAAUGGGAUAACCAAGUUCGUAGUCAUGACUUUCAAAUUAAAGUACCUGUUAACAAGAAAAAGAGGGCUCAUUUUAAGAGAUCUCAAAAGUGGUUGAAGAGAGCCUCUACUGAAGCAUGA